UAUUAGUAUACAUAUACAUAUAUAUAUAUAUAUAUUUAUAAUAAGUAGAAACUUCCAUAUAUAAAAUUAGCUUAUAAAUUAUAAUUCUAUUUUUAAAAUAUGGCGCAAAGUAGAACAGAAAAAAUUGGAACAAUUUUUACAAGAAUAACAGCAUUAGUACGCUCAGAUGUAUUAGAUCCAAGUAAUUUGCCAUUAUGGUAUAAUAUAUAUAAAAGCUUUCCUCCAAAAGAUGAACCAAUUUUUGCUAGAAAACCAUCACAAAAAAAAAUACAAGAUAUAUUUUAUGCUGAAGAUAUUAUAAGAGCAAAAUUUCACAAAGAUAUACAGCUUUCUAUGAUAGAUAUGAAAUGUAACAAUGUUACGCAAACUCAAAUUUUUUUAUCUUUAUAUAAAAAUUUUUUAAAGGAUAAUAUUGAAGAAGAAAAAGCAUAUAAAAUGGCAUUGAAAAAGUAUAAAGUAACUUAUACAAAUAAAACAAUACCUAAAUCAUAGAUAUCACAUGAAGACUUAACAAAAAAAUAACAAGAAAUAGAAUUUUGAAUAGAUUAUAUUUAUAAUAACAUGUUCUAAAAAUAAAAAGAAAAUUAAUUAUA